UAAUUAUUGCUAUAAAACGUGUUUUCCGAACUAAGAACGUUCACAGAGAUGGAGAUUUUCUGAUAAGUGUUAGUUUUUGUGUAAUCAUGAGUAUAUUGAAGUUUCAGGUUUUACCGUUGAUGUACUUGAUGGUGAAAGCAUCUGCACUGAGGUUAACAGGAUUUGACCCACAGCAAUUUGAAAAUUGUGUGUGUCCUGCGGAAUCUCCUACGAUCAUCAACAGUUUGGAUUCAGAUCAUUCAGGUGUCGAGAGACUAGUUGUAUUCGUAUACAAGAAACCAGGCACAGGCGAAAUUAUCAGCUUCAUUCCCCAAAAGGAGUAUCAGAGAAAAAUUCCCGAUUUCCCCGACUCAUAUGGUCACAUUUAUAAUAUUGACCAGAUUCCGUCUAUUAAAGAUAUAUUUGAAAUCAGUCCUAGUAAAGAUAUACGGGAACAUAUAACACAUAUUGAACCUAUAUCACAGCAUGACAGUAAUGAAGGUAAAGAAAACAUUGUAGAUUCUGAUGAUAAAAUUCCUAAAGUCUUUAAUGAACAACAUUCUAACACUGACAUUAAAAUCCCGACAUGGGAUAUGUCACUUGAUCAAAACGAAGUAAAACCUGAUGAUUCAUAUCCACUGCAGAUAUCAGGAGAAAAUGACGACAAAAAUGGGGGCAUUAUAAACAAUGACAUUGAUAUGAAAAUCCCGAAAUGGCAAAUACAAAUAAAUAAGAAUAUAGUUAUACCCGACGCCGACCACAAAAUACCAAAAAUUAUUAUUGAUGAUAUUGGCAUGAAAAACCCAGAGCAACUGCCAAUGCAACUUGAUGGAAUCAAAGUUAAUCCUGAAGAUUUUAUUUCACAUCCAAAUGCCCACAAAAAUACAGAAAUUAUGAUUGAUAACAGUGGAAUCGAAAUUCCGGAGUGGCCAAUGCAACUUGAUGAAAUCAAAGUUAAACCUGGACAUUUUAUUCCAUAUCCUGAUGACCACAAAAAAACAGGAUUUAUGAUUAAUAACAAUGGAAUAAAAAUCCCGGAGUGGCCAAUGCAACUUGAUGAAAUCAACGGUAAACCUGGACAUUUUAUUCCAUAUCCUGAUGACAACAGAAAUACAGGAAUUAUGAUUAAUAACAAUAGAAUAGAAAUCCCGGAGUGGCCAAUGCAACUUGAUAAAAUCAAAGUUAGACCUGGAAAUUUUAUUCCAUAUCCAAAUGACCACAACAAUGAAAUAAUGAUAGAUAACAUUGGAAUGAAAAUCCCAGAGUUUCCAAUGCAACUUGAUGGAAUCAAAGUUAAACCUGAAAAUUUUAUUUCUCAUCCAAAUGACCACAAAAAUACAAGAAUUAUAAUUGAUGACAUUGGAAUUAAACUCCCAGAGUGGCAAAUCCAACUCGAUGAAAGCAAUGAACCUGAACCUUUUAUUCCAUCUCCAAGUGACGAAUCAAAAAUUAUAAUUGAUGAAACUGGCAUAAAUGUCCCGAAAUCACAAACAGAACUUGAUGAAAAUAAAGUUAAUCCUGCACAUAUCAUUUCACAGUUUGUACCAGGAGGAAAUGACCAAACAAAGACAGAAAUUGUGAUUGAUAAUAUUAAGCCUCCAACACAAGACGUUUUGUCAGAACUUAUACCUGUUUCUGGCGAAGAAUACCCAAAUUCUCACGAAAAAAUCCACGCGUCUGUACAACCAUUAAUAAAUAAUGAUCUUAAUUUGGAUAAACCUCCAAUAGAUUGGACCUUAAUUGACUCUUUAAAACCUCAAAAUCUGUUUGAAGAAAGUAGCCCAGAACAUACUUUACCAGGUGGAAUUGAAACGAUUUGGCAUAAAGAACAAAAAUCUUUAGACGAACCUAAUCAUUCCAUUCACAUCAGACCUCCUCUAACCGAGAGAUUUUGGUUUCCGGAUGAUAAAGAAGUUAAAACUCCAACGUUCCAAAGAAUGAAAGUGCCUAGAAAGGACCAAUACGGCAGAAUUAUAGGUUGGACAUACAAGACCAUUAAAACUUAUUGGGAAGGGGGUUCACGAUUCCCUAAUAAAUGGGAGAAAUAUCGAAUAAAUAGGUACAGACCGUUUGAUUACCAUUAUCAAUAUAUAGAAGAUCCAGCCUUCGACCAUUGGCUUAGAGAGCAACUCAGAAUCACAACUCUCAAUGGUAAUAGAAUACCUACAAGUACAUCAGAUAUCACAGCAUUGGACAGAGCGAUACGAAACGUUCUUUUGCAAAAUGGUUGGAUUGUUACGGGUGAGGGAACUCUUUUAGAUGGCAACGGUAGAACGUCAAGCCUUGAUAACUUAAAGCUCAGACCAAUAUUAGUGGGAAAAACAUUUUCUUACGAUCGCUUUAUGAAAAAAAGCACACACGAGUAUACAACGUCAUCAAAAGUUCCCUAUUUAGAAGGAUUGUUACUCACAAUGAUACAGCCUGCAAAAAUUUUAGGUAUCGUGCCUUUGUCCAUUUCACACAAAUAUCAUGUUGAGGCCAGGGUCAGUGGGCGUAGUUCCAAAGCUAAAAAAGGUUUGAGAGUUUUGCCUAUUGAAGAACUAGUGUCGUUUAGGAAAGAUUCCCAAAAGUCAAAGAAGAAAAAACUUCAGGACUCAAGCAUAAACAAACCUAAAAGACCUCAGGUCCCAAGCAAAAAUAUAUCCAAAGACGCUGCAUUACUGAGGCAAGCUUGGUCAGAGAUACAGCAGCCACAACACGCAAGUGGAUCACUAACACCCUUGCCACAAGGAAGAGGGAUAGUAACGCACAUGGAUUAUGGGAAAUAUGGUACUCAUAGAAUUAUAACUCCUGAGAGGCCGGAGUGGAGGAUAAUAGGAGGGAAAUCUGCAACUAGCAGUGGCACUCCAUUGAAGUGGAAGGGAAGAUCUGGUUUAUAUGGAUAAAGAGGCUAAGGCAAAUUAUCCCUAAUUGUGUUAAUAUUAAGUAGAGCUAAGUAAUAGAUUACGAAAUGCUUAUUAUGCAUUUUAGGUAUUAAUUUGACGACCCAGGCUAGUAUCCGUAUUACCAAAACUAUUUUUGAAGCAUAAUAAAGGGAUCCCAGAAGCA